GGUUCCGCAGUCACUUCCUGCAGCUGUUUCCCGGUGGCUCCACUCCGAAGGACUUUUGACAGUCAACCUCCAGCCUCGGAGCGGCCAGGCGGCGGCGAGUAGCACAGAAAGUGGUCGUGGAGCGGGCGGCGGCGCGCGGGGUGGCGGGGCGGCUGCGGCCUGCCGGUUCCGGUUUGAAGACUCCGUCCCCCACCACCCACUGGAUUAUGCUCGAGGCUUUCCUGCCUGAUGAUUCUUUUGCAGCAGGCUGGGCUUCCUCCACCUAAGCGGCCCUCAACCUCUCCUCCUAUGUCAGUGGCUGCCAGGUCCACUAGGACCUUGCAGCUUCCGCCACAGAAGCCUUUUGGGCUGGAAGCAUCCGGGUCUCUGGCAGGGGAAGAGGAGUUAGCUAAGGGAGGGGAGCUGGACUCUGCCCUGGAGGAGCUGUGUAAGCCCCUCUUCUGCAAACUCUGCAAUGUCACCUUGAACUCUGCUCAGCAAGCCCACGCACAUUAUCAGGGUAAAAACCAUGGCAAAAAACUCCGAAAUUAUUAUGCAGCUAACAGCUGUCCUCCUCCAGCCAGGAUGAGCAGCGUGGCAGAGCCUGUGGCUGCACCCCUCAUUCCUGUCCCUCCGCAGGUGGGCUCCUGCAAGCCAGGGGGCAGAGUGAUCCUGGCCACAGAGAAUGACUACUGCAAGCUGUGUGACGCCUCCUUUAGCUCCCCUGCAGUGGCACAGGCUCACUACCAGGGGAAGAACCAUGCCAAGAGACUUCGUCUGGCUGAAGCCCAGAGUAACUCGUUCUCGGACUCCGCAGAGGCAGGGCAGCGGCGGACCCGGAAAGAAGGGAGUGAAUUUAAGAUGGUGACCACCAGGAGGAAUACGUAUGCAGUCCAGAGCAAUUCAGCAGGUCCUUACUUCAAUGCCCGCUCCCGGCAGAGGAUCCCGCGAGACCUUGCCAUGUGCGUUACUCCCAGUGGCCAGUUUUACUGCUCAAUGUGUAACGUCGGAGCCGGUGAAGAGGUGGAGUUCCGGCAGCACCUGGAGAGCAAGCAGCACAAGAGCAAGGUGUCUGAGCAGCGGUACCGGAGCGAGAUGGAGAACCUGGGCUACAUACAGUGACGGCCGUGCUCGCGGCAAAGCUGAUCCUGCCUGUUGUUUGCCUUCUGUCAGCCUGCCUUGCUUUGUGGUCCCCUCAAUGAGUACAUUCCUCAUUCCUCUGCUUAACUCGAGUAACCUGCAGUGGUGCCAUGAGUCAUCAAGUCGGGGUGGGGAGGGAGACAUGUUUCUUGGGUCAUGAUGCUCUUUUGGGCCAGCUGCGUCAAACUGCUACAAUGUGUGAGCCGCCUGCCCCGUUAUCUUUUCUCGGCCACGUUCUGGUUAAGCAGUAGUAGCCUGACCAUUUAGAGCUAUGAUUAUUUAAAAAUGGCAUCAACUUUUGCAUUUUUCGUUUUAUGCGCAUAAGAUGGGUGGAUUCGAAUUCUUCAGAUUAUACUGAAAACAGGUAAACAGAGAUUCCCAUUUCCUGACAUUCCUGGGGAAGCAUCUGCACAGUUCGGUGUCAGAAAGAUGUUCUGUUAUGGUGUGUGCUUGAGUCUCUCAGCAGCAGUUGGUUCCCUGUGGCUAUCCUUCUGUAACUGACACACAGGUUUUCUUGAAUUCAGAUGCUUCCAGAACACUAUGUUCUUCUGCACCUGUAACUUCAUCUCCCAGUUGUGAACUGCACACAUUUAAUUCCCACCUCCCCUCCCACUUGGAUCAGCUUGUCUGCUAAGCUCUUUCUCAUACCCUAGCUGUGCUCUCGCCUUCUGAGACCCAGAUUUGACUGUCUUCAACCCUGAGUUGGAGGUGAAUAUUCUUUUAAAAAAUAUAUUUUCAGAUGACUCAAGGAAAUGCAAGAAUGUGUUUGAGAUUUCAAUUUGGAGUUACGUUUUCACUGCUAAUUAUGUGAACUCAGGAGAUGGUCAUUAUGUUGUGGCUUUUUGAUGAUCAUAUCCUGACGCGGCCCUGACAGGUAAUGGGCACUCCUGGAAAAUAACUGCUCUCGGCUACUUCUGAGGUGGAACAAUUUUCCUUUUCUUUUUUAAAGCUGAUCAGGUUGCAGUGUCAUUUCCAGUAGAAAAGCACGCACACAUUGCAUUUUCUUUUUUGCCUCCUUGAAGAGACUGAAAACAGAGAUGUCCGACUUUGGUGUCUAAUGAUUAUAAUGGGAUGAUUAUUUUAAAAUAAAAAGCCAUAGUGUACGUCUAGGUGGACUACUGGAGUAUUUUGUGAACUUUUGUUCACUGUGGAUAAGACCAGCAUGUCCAUAAUUCCUAGGGAACCAUACUUCUGCAGAAGGUUAGAGCAAGCAGUGUUUUGCACUAUAAUAAAUGCUCAUUUUAUCACUCACGUCACCAGUGAAAAGCCCCAUGUAACCUUGAGAAUUCUCCAGGCAGAUAGAUAGAGAGGAAGGGAGCACUCACCACGCCUCCCUUCCAUCCUUGCCUCAGAACAGCCGAGACCCAUAAUUAAAGGUUAAUUUUAUGAUUAGCUUCUAGAACAGCACAUGAUUACUUCCUCCCACCGAAAUGCUGAUUUCUUGAAAAGUAGAACUAUUUGGUUAAGUAUUGUCCCCUUAGAAACAGAAUGAAGAACAGUGUUCUCUUGAGAUUUGAUCUCCGUUUGCAACUCCUCGUACCAAGAACCCUCCUGCGGCCAUCUGCAGAGUUCGUCUAUUCAGAGCAAUUUAGGGUGCAUCUUGUUGGUUGCUCAUUUGCUGCUAAAUAUAAUUCUUCGGUAGACUUACAUAUAGUGCUGGCCACUUGGUUCUGUGGUUCUUUAAUAGUCUCAUUUGCUCCCUCUGCAGGGGUAUGUCUGUGUGUCUCUGUGUUUGUGUCUGAAGAUACAUGCGUCAUCUCCCCCCAAGUUUAUGUGCUACCCCAGAGAGAAUUUCACCUCAUCUUUAUCUCAGAUAACAUUGAAAGAUUCUGCGUAUGGAUUUACAUUUCACCAACGUGACAUUCAUCUGCUUUAAGGUUUUCCUCUGGGAAUUAAAUCAAAGGAUAUGCCCCAGGCCAACUACUCUCCUCCUGUAUGUACAAAAACAGUGGACUUAAGGGCUUGAUGUGUUUUCAAGCCUCGUGAAUUCAGGUUUCUAGGCCCCCAGUGCCCUUAAUGGAUGUUAGGGACGCGUAAGUGCGGUUUCUUUUAGAGAGAAAUGUUAGAUUUAUAGUGUUAUUUCUAUAUUCCUUUGCACUAAAAAGAGUGAUGCAUUUGUUUGAUGACACUCCAGUGCCGGCUUGCCUACAAUAACUCAGUUUGUUUCCAAAUGCUGGAAGUUGACAAGUGACUGCCAGGGGCCGUCGUUAGAGGUUCUGUGGAUGCUUGACCCCACUUGGAAGACCCAUGGCUGAGGUCAUGGUGUACCCACUGUAUUUAGUAGGUGGGGCAGAGGGUGGCAAAGGCUAUUGGAGCUACAUGGUACAAUUUCUCACCAUGUGAACUUUGUAUGGACAGUGUCUCUUCCUUGUCUUAUCAGGUGAGGGUGGCAUUUGAGUCAGUUAAGUGGGCUCUGGGUUGGUUUCAUUUUGCUGUAGGAUUGGCCUCCUGUUCUCCAGGUAUCAUGUAUGUUAUGAUAUGACACAGACAUGGAUGGAUAGAAGUCUAAACAAAGGGAGACCUUGGUCCAAAAUUUGGUAGAUUUUAUCAUCAAUUAUCUGUAGCAUCGAUGUCUGUUCUCGUGGCUCUCUUUCUCAUUAUGAGGCCAGGAAGAACACCCAGGUCCAAGGCUUCAGGAAGAGUCCAGUUUCAAAUGGAUGGCAUAUACUUUCAGAGGGUAUUGUCUUUGGAAAUCUAGCUGUAGCCCUGUGCCCUUUGCCCUUUUAGAUUUUACCUUGAACAGAAGACUUCGCUAAUCUGGGUUGGUCCUUGUCCUACCGCUUGUAAAUAUGUGCCUGUUUUAUGCUUGUCUGCUUGCCUCUUACAAACUGAAUUCUGUAUCUUUUCACAAUUUUUUUUCCACACCAUUUAUCUUGAUAAAAAUCUCCUCCUCAGCUCUUUCCCUUUAAGUUCAGCACGAGCUUAGAAAAUCAGUCAGGAGUUUUGAAGCCCUGACAAUGAAUGAGGCACUGUGGCAGAGAGCUAGUGCUCUCCUGAGGCGUCUUCCACCUGGCCCCACAGGGCUGCCCUGCAGAGCUUUGUGUGGCUUAGUUUACAGUCAUAUGAGGAGAGAAAUUAUACAUACAUGUAUAACUGAUUAAGUAUUCCUGUGUAGAUAGGAUCUAAAACUUGACAGUGGAACUUGGGACUAUUUCAAUCUGUGCUGCCUGGGCAUAUGAGGAAUGUCAGUCUGAGGAAGUAACCGUCCUUAGAUGGUCAAGUGAGUCCAAACAGAGGGGUAACUUCCACACAGUGCUUUCUCCGAGGAGAGACUCAGGAACAGCAGGUUUGGAAGGUUCUGUAAAUGUCAGAACUUAGGCUGUACUGGAUUUACUGGAGAAAUUGGUGAGCUGUGUACCCAAGCAGUGGAGUGUCUUUAGAAAUGGGUAAAUAUUCUGUUCUUGUGUGCAGAAGUUUAACGUAGGUAUUUGAACAGGUGUUUAAGAAUAGUCUACCUUGCCCCACUCUGAGUCUCUGUUAGGAGUUUUAUGUGUGAUUUUUAAAAUUCUUCGUUGCUUUCAUGUCCUGUUUGGGUGAGUUCCCUGUGAGCCCCCAUGGCAACAUGGCUGAGUGGAGACUAGCUGUGUAAAUGCUUCUUAUGAGACAAUUUAUAUGGAUAGCUAUGUGGCAUUUUCUUCCCAUUAUCAGUGGGGACCCUUUGUGAAUGCCCUUUCUCUGUAGCCACCAAAAAAAAAAAAAAAAAAAAAAAGUCCUGGCUUAUGGUCCCGGGUGACCUUGUGUCCGUUAAGCCCAGAAUAUGAGUGCCUUUAGCAAGAGUGUAGAGAUGACAGGAUUUACUGCCAUUAACCACAGUUCAUAAAAUAGCUUGAAGUAGCAGAGGUCCUUGUGAAGUCUGUCCUGUGUCCGUCCCCUCCUUUCUUAGUGCAGUCUCGACUUGCUACUGGAUAAACUGUGCACUCUCGGGUUGCCGAGGCUGGCAGUCGUCACCUUGGUGGCCAUGUUUGAUACGGAGGAGUCAGAGCUUGAGAUGUCAGAGAAAACUUCCUACCCUGACUGUGCUCCAGCUUGGUUCUUCUGUAGAGAGGAGAAAAUUAUGCAUCUGCAAACGAAGUGCAUGGAGAGACUAGCCGGGACAGUAGCUGUGGGUCUUCCUGUGCUGCAUCUCUGCACGGAUGGAGGGGACUUCCCAAGCAAGCUUGAGGCCUUUGAAAAACAACAGUUUCCUUACUUCGAUUAACUGAAAACUUUGAAUUUCCUGAGUCUUUACAACUUUCGUACAUAUGAUUAAACUAACCUUCAUGUAGAAAUAGUAA